AUGUCGCUGCUACGUCUCUUCUCUCGUCCUGCCCUCAGCGUGUCGUCUCGCGCUACCAUGUCUGCCCCACGAUCGGCUCUUCAGGUGGUCCGUCAUCAAUCAACAGAAAGCAGCUAUACAAACAUCUUGGUCUCGAACCCUAGACCGGGCGUGGGCUUGAUUACCCUCAACCGACCCAAAGCCCUAAAUGCCCUGUCCAGUGAACUUUUUGUCGAAUUGAACAAGGCACUCAAAGACUAUGAAGAUGACAAGGAAAUCGGCGCCAUUGUGCUGACUGGAAGUGACAAGGCAUUUGCUGCCGGUGCCGACAUUAAAGAAAUGGCGCCAUUGACCUUUUCCGAGGCCUACGUGAAUAACUUUAUUGCUCCGUGGUCCUACAUAACAACCCUCCGCAAGCCCGUCAUUGCAGCCGUCUCAGGUCAUGCUUUAGGAGGUGGUUGCGAGCUGGCCAUGAUGUGUGACAUCCUUUACUGCACAAAGACGGCCAACUUUGGUCAGCCCGAGAUCAAACUUGGCACCAUACCCGGCGCCGGUGGUUCUCAGAGAUUGACCGCUGCCCUGGGUAAGUCCAAGGCCAUGGAGCUCAUCCUCACAGGUAACAAUCUUUCCGGUGAGGAGGCCGAGAAACAUGGCCUUGCGGCAAAAGCGUUCGAGGGAGGCAAUAAAGAGGUUCUCGAAGGAGCUCUCGACACAGCAGCCAAAAUUGCCAGCUACUCUCGGGUAGCCGUGAUCGCUGCCAAGGAGGUCGUCAACAAGUCUCAAGACCUCGGAGUCCGUGAGGGCGUCGAGUAUGAAAGGCGGAUAUUCCACAGCCUGUUUGGCAGUCAGGAUCAGAAGAUCGGCAUGAAAGCCUUUGCAGAGAAAAAGAAACCAACUUGGAGUCAUCUAUAG